AUGUCAGAAUGCCUGAACGACUCUGACUCUGAAAGCUCACUUGGAUUUGGGCGAUUUGAAGGUCAAGCCCUUGAUCCUUCCAUCGCCCAUUUGUUGGGCAACGUUCCAUCACCCGAGAAUGUCCCACUCCGACGGCGUCGACGGCAGGUGAGACUCGAAGAUCAAGAGAUCAGCAAGGACGGUGUGGACGGUCGUGGAAACCGCGUUGGCAUCUCAGCAGCUCGCGCUCUGAAGAAGAUGGUGACCUGCCGCGAGGCCUUCCGUGCCACACACGGGGAACUUCCAGAGGUGGAGAUCCAACCAUUGAAGAAGGGAAGGAUUGGGAAGGAUGUGAAUGAAAAACUUGGGGAAAUCGCAGGAAUUGCAGAAGAUCGCAGAGCAUCUGAACUUCCAGGGACCCACCCUGCGUGGCUUCUGAAGCGAAAAGAGACGAUGGCGAUGAGUGCUGUGGCCUUCACCAACGUGGCAGUGACCCCCACUGCCCAGGCUCCAAAGGCCCUCGCGGCCCGCACCACCCAACCCGGGCAGGGCGAUGAAGCGCGGCAGGGUCCCACCCUGAUGAAGUUGAGCAGCGGCUUGGCGUUGGGUGCCUUGGCCUGCCGCCGCUCCAUGCGAACCUCCCGGAAAGCGCAGGCGAUUGAUGAGAAGAGGUUCCCGGUGCUCUCGCGCAGCGAAGCGCCGCUGGGCGUCUUCCCCAAGAUGCCCAAGACCGUGCACCCGGGCGUGGUGACGGGCCAGGCCUUGAAGGACCUGCUGAACCAUGCGAAGGAGAACGGCUAUGCCAUCCCCGCCGUGAAUUGCGUGUCCAGCUCCUCGAUCAACGCUUGCAUCGAGGCGGCCAGGAAGAUGGAUGCUCCCAUCAUGAUCCAGUUCUCGGCGGGUGGAGCUCAGUUCUACGCGGGAAAGGGCUUGGACAACACCCAAUUCCACGCGGCCAUCGCGGGCGCCGUCUCGGGAGCGUACCACGUCCGCGCGGUGGCCGAACAGUACGGUGUGCCCGUGAUCCUGCACACGGACCACUGUGCCAAGAAGCUCUUGCCAUGGUUCGACGGCCUUAUGGAAGCCAAUGACUUUUUGCUUCAGCACAUCGCUGACAUCAUCGCCUUCUACAAGGUGAGGGCCUUGGAUCCCAGUGGCGGCUUCUUUCAGAGCUUUCGAAUCGAUGGCACCAAGUUCAACGAAGACUUCCGGCAGAUCGUGUCCAGUGCGCGGAUGGUCAUCAACUUCAUGCUGGCCGGGAAGCUGUUGAAGGAUCCGGAGCUCUUGAAGAUCGGUAAGCAUGGCUUGGAGUACCUGGAAAAGGUUCAUUAUGUGCCGGAGAAGCAAAGCUAUGCCUUUACCGUGGAGAAGCACAAGCCCAAAGACAUGGUGGAACAAGCCUAUGGCUAUGCCUUCGUUUUGGCUGCUCAUGCCGCUGCUCGAACUGCGGGCGUGACGGACAGCAACGCAGAGGUCGCUCGAGUCUUUGACAUGCUCGAGCGGAAGUUUUGGUUGCCGGAGAAGGGCGCCUAUUUGGAUACCAUCAGCGCAGAAGGCGUGGUGGACAACAGCUACCGGGGACAAAACUCCAACAUGCACAUGUGUGAAGCGCUGAUUGAAGCCACGGGAGACGUGCGCUACUUGGACCGCGCGGAGGUCCUGGCCGAGACGUUUGCCUCGACGUUGGCGGCCAAGGGAGGUGGCUUCGUGUGGGAGCACUACACCGACUACAACAAGAACGACCCCUCCAACAUCUAUCGCCCCUGGGGCUUUCAGCCGGGACAUCAGAUCGAAUGGGCCAAGAAUUUGCUGAAUAUUCAUCGUCAUCGACCCAAGUUUUGGAUGGUGAAUCGUGCCAAGGAGCUCUUCGAUGGAGCUUGGACCUUGUCCUGGGAUCCAGUCUUCGGGGGCUUGGUCUAUGGCUUUGGCCCCGAUCGCACCUGGUGUGAUGAAGAGAAGUAUUUCUGGGUGCAAGGAGAGUCCAUCGCAACGGCUUCGCUGCUCUACGAGGCCACGAAGGAUCCCAUUUAUGUGGAGAAGUUCGUGUGCCUCUGGCAGUACUGCUGGGAGCAUUGGGUGGAUCACGAACAUGGAGGCUGGUUGUGCUUCAAGAUGUCGCGCGACAACAAGCGCAUGAAUGACGAGAAGGCCAUUGCUGGUGGUAAGUGUGACUACCAUACCUUGGUCUCCUGUGUCGAGGCACUGCGUCCCUUCGUCUCGUGA